CGUGUCUGCAGCAAAGAUGGCGGUGCGGAAGAAAGACGGCGGCCCCAAUGUGAAAUAUUUCGAGGCGUCGGACACCGUUUCUCAGUUCGACAAUGUCCGCAUAUGGCUGGGCAAGAAUUACAAAAAGUACAUCCAAGCUGAACCACCCACAAACAAGUCCCUGUCCAGUCUGGUGGUGCAGCUGCUGCAGUUUCAGGAGGAGGUCUUUGGACGCCACGUCAGUAACCCUCCUCUCACCAAACUACCGAUGAAGUGUUUUCUGGAUUUUAAAUCUGGAGGAGCUCUGUGUCACAUCCUCGCUGCUGCCUACAAGUUCAAGAGCGACCAAGGAUGGCGCAGGUUUGACUUCCAAAAUCCUUCGAGAAUGGACCGAAAUGUGGAGAUGUUCAUGACCAUCGAGAAGUCCUUAGUCCAGAACAACUGCCUUUCCAGACCGGUGAUCUAUCUGAGCUCAGACAUUGAACCAAAGCUUCUGGGGAAACUGAAGGAUAUCAUCAAAAGACACCAGGGUUCAGUGACAGAGGACAAGACCACCAGCUCUCAUAUAGUUGUGCCUAUCCCCAGCAGCCUCGAGGACGAGGAGUGGGUGCGUCCAGUCAUGAAGAGGGACAAACAGGUGCUGCUGCACUGGGGAUAUUACCCUGACAGUUAUGACACCUGGAUCGCGGCCAGUGAAGUGGAGGCUGCUGUGGAAGAUGCCCCCAGUGUAGAGAAGCCCAGAAAGGUUCACGCCAAGUGGAUCUUAGACUUGGAUCAGUACAACGAGUGGAUGAAUGAGGAGGACUACGAGGUGGGAGAGGGACAUCCGAAGAGGAAGAGGAUCUCUGCCAAAACCCUGACGGACGAGGUGACCACUCCGGACGAGAGGAGGGACAAGAAACCGGGAAGUGCCAAAAAGAGGAAACGCUCCCCCUCUCCCUCCCCCACCCCUCCCCCACAGGAGAGCAAGAAGAAGAACGCCAAGAAGGGACCCACGACCCCGUACACAAAGUCGAAGCGCGGGCAGAGGGAGGAGGAGCCUGAGGAUCUGUCCAAGGACGCAGACGAAGCUUCACCGGUCGCUCCAUCCGACGAAGGAAACCCCGCGAAGACCAAUAACACCAAAAAAGACUCUGAUUCAACUCCAGUGAAAGGAGACAACGAUGAACAAGAGGACGAGUCCAUGGAAACGACAGGAAAGGAGGAGGAGGAAGGGUCUCCCAGUGUAAAGGGUGAACCGGUCAAAACCUCAGAUCUGCAUGAAGACAACGUGACAGAACAGACUCAUCAUAUUAUUAUCCCAAGUUACGCCGCAUGGUUUGACUACAACAGUGUUCAUGCAAUUGAGCGCCGAGCCCUACCAGAGUUCUUUAAUGGGAAAAACAAAUCCAAAACUCCAGAAAUUUACCUGGCGUAUAGAAACUUCAUGAUUGACACAUACCGGCUGAACCCUCAGGAGUAUCUGACCUCCACAGCCUGUCGCAGGAACCUGGCAGGAGACGUGUGCGCCAUCAUGAGGGUCCAUGCGUUCCUGGAGCAGUGGGGACUCAUAAACUACCAGGUUGAGUCUGAGAGCCGCCCCACCCCCAUGGGCCCUCCCCCCACCUCACACUUCCACGUCCUGGCAGACACGCCCUCCAGCCUGGUGCCCCUGCAGCCCAAACCUGCACAGACUCCAGCACCAAUCAUGUCGUUCCCUGAAAAAGUGAAAGACAAACCCACAGAUCUGCAGAACUUUGGGCUCCGAACUGACAUGUACAGCAAGAAAACCAACUCCACAAAGAGUAAGAGUGGAGCCAGCACAAUGAGGGACUGGACAGAACAAGAAACACUGCUAUUACUGGAGGGUCUGGAGAUGUACAAAGACGACUGGAACAAAGUAUCGGAGCAUGUGGGCAGCAGGACCCAGGACGAGUGCAUCCUUCACUUCCUGCGUCUGCCCAUCGAGGACCCCUACCUGGAGGAGGCCGCUACUGCACUGGGCCCCCUGGCGUACCAGCCCGUGCCCUUCAGCCAGGCAGGAAACCCCGUCAUGAGCACCGUCGCCUUCCUCGCCUCUGUGGUCGACCCGAGAGUGGCAUCUGCUGCUGCCAAGUCUGCUCUGGAGGAGUUUUCUCGUAUGAAGGAGGAGGUGCCAGCUGCUCUGGUGGAGGCUCACGUGCGGAGGGUGGAGGAGGCGGCGCGGGUCAGUGGGAGACAGGACCCUCUGUUUGGGCUGGAGGGGAGUGGCAUCGCGGGCACUGCCAUGGAGGAGGGUGAACGGACAGAGGAGAGCAAUGAGGAAAGCAAAACUGAAACUCCACCAGCUGAAGAAAAGAAAGAGGCAAAGGAAAACAAAGACGGAGGAAACGAGGAGGAGGACAAACAGCCAGAGAACGGGAAGAAAGAGGAAGAACGGAGAGAAUCGGAGGGAGAGAGAGACACAGAGAAGACAGAAGCUGAGGGUGAUGGAGAGAAGGAGAAAGAGGGUAAAGAGAACACAGAGGAGGCACAGAGAGAAGGAGAGAGUGAAGGAGAGAGGAAGACCAAAGUGGAGCGAGAGGUCGGGGAGGGGAACCUGGCCACAGCCGCUGCCUCUGCUCUGGCCGCUGCUGCUGUCAAAGCCAAGCACCUUGCGGCGGUGGAGGAGAGGAAGAUCAAGUCUCUGGUGGCUCUGCUGGUGGAGACUCAAAUGAAGAAACUGGAGAUUAAACUGAGACACUUUGAAGAACUGGAAACCAUCAUGGACCGAGAGAGAGAGGCUUUGGAGUACCAGCGUCAGCAGUUGUUGGCCGACCGUCAGUCCUUCCACAUGGAGCAGUUGAAGUACGCAGAGAUGAGAGCGCGACAGCAGCACUUCCAACAGAUCCAACACCAGCAGCACCAGACAGGGACCCCCCACGGACCCGCACCCCCAGCCGGAGCCACCACGCCCGGGCAACAGCAGCAGCAGACCACCUCCUCCUCUAGCUCCACACCAGCUCCUCCGCCUGCCCCCAGCCCAGCGCCCUCUGCCUCCUCUGGCACCGCGACAGAGACCGGCGCCCCUGGAGCUCACACCAACUCCCCCUGCCCCCCCGGACACGCCCCACCCAACCACCCCAGCGCUGGAGCCUUGCCCUCACUACAUGAGCACCAUGGCCCUCACCCUGGAGAGACCCACCCCCCCAACGCUCCCGUCCCGCCCCCUCAGUGAAAACAGCAGGUUGGAAUGAACUUUGACCUUUGACUCCUGCCUGAACCCCUCCAAACGAAGAUGUUACCAAUUCAAGAAAAAAAAAAAAAACUAUUCCACAAUUUACUCCACAAGGGACAAAUGACGGUAAAAUUGUAACCUUUUUUUGGAUUUUAAAAACACUUAACCCAGUAUUGAUUUGAAUAAGCUACCGAGAGGGUGACUGGUCCUUCGCUGUUCGGAUCGCCUGGUUUUAUCCAUAUGCUGAAACUCCAACAGGACUCAAAUUUCCAGUGUUUUCGCCAAUUUCCGAAAGGUACGAAAUAUGUAAGUUAUAUGCACUUUUAAUACGUUUACUUCGUCUCAAUGUAAGGCUUGAAAUAUCGAUGAAUUUGAACUUAAGCACUUAUAUUAUUAUCAUUGUAUUGUCUUAAAAAACUUGGAUGGUUUACUCUCAUAUAGUGUUACAUGGACAGUGGCUCUACAGGGUCUAAUGGUCGCAUGUCUAAAAAUGAAGCUGACUCAAAGUUGGUGUGAAUGCAGUUUGAAAUAAGUACUGUAAAAGUAGUUAGGAUAGUUUGAAUCUUUUGUUGCCCUCUAGUGGUACUCUAGUGUAAUACAUGGGAAAGAUGUGAAGGUAUUGACAGUGUAUGUAAAGCUGCGAUUCUCAACUGGUGUCGUCAGGGCUUUCAUAAUUCAUUUUGGUAAAAAUGAAUUAUAAUGUUUUACAACUGGCCAAUGCUGGACUCUUCUCCAAAUCCUGCACUAUAGAACUUUUCCACAACAGCCGGAAGUCCCAUUCUGUAGGGUUAAUGCUUUUCUAUGGCAAAAUGUCUGUGGAAAUAUCUCCUGUAUUCUCCACAAGAGAAUACCAGAUCUUCAACCAACACAUUAUUACAGCCAUCAGUUUUCUUCUGCUUAUUCGAGGGCAGCUGUUUAAGCAGGGUGUCCCAGACUUCCUUCACCCUGGACACUUCCUCCAGCUCCUCCUGGGGGAUCUUGAGGUGUUCCCAGGCCAGCCCAGAGACAUAGUCCCUCCAGCGUGUCCUGGGUCUUCCUUGGGGCCUCCUUCCAGUGGGACAUGCCCAGAACACCUCCAGGGAGGCGUCCAGGAGGCAUCAGAACAGAUUCCCGAGCCACCUCAACUGGCUCCUCUCCACGUGGAGGAGCAGCAGCUCUACUCCGAGCUCCUCCCGUGUGACUGAGCUCCUCACCCUAACUCUAAGGGAGCGCCCAGACACUCUGUGGAGGAAACUCAUUUUGGCCACUUGUAUUUGCGAUCUCGUCCUUUCGGUCAUUACCCAGAGCUCAUGAUUAUAGCUGAGGGCAGGAACGAAGAUUGACAGUAAAUCAAGAGCUUUGCCUUUUGACUCAGCUCCCUCUUCACCACAACGGUCCGACACAGCGACCACAUCACUGCCAACGCUGCACUAUCACAUUAAAAAUGUAAUCAUUGCUAAAGAUACAUAUGAACUGCACAAAUCUCUCAAUCUUUGCGAAUAUCUAUAUCGUGAGAAUAUCAGUCUGACUGAACAAGUUACUUAUGUUUUAUUCAUUAAUAUAGCGUUAGUUUUGCUCAGAAGUAGUUCACUAAUGCGUCGUCAUUUCUUUCUUCUCUUGAUAGUUGUGGAUAAAUUGUUCAUGAAGAAUGUGUAUCCUUUGUGGAGCUUGUUGGUUGCAGAUUUGGUGAUGGGGCAGAUUUAUGAAGCUGCUGGAAAAUACGAGUGACAUUUCCAGACAUUUUGCCACAGAAAACUAUUAACUGCAAGUUCCUUCUUGCAUUUAUUUAAAUCGCAUUUUUAUUGCUCAAACAUCCACUGAAAAUCACCUCCUCAUAGAUCUGACCUAUAGCUUAUCUUGGGGUUGGGGGUUUCCUUUUGUUUUUUUGAAGAGGUAGAGAAAUGAAUCCCAUACUGUGGAAUAUUGCAGGUAAAACAUCUCAACAAGCAGAUGGUGGACCUUCUAUCAACAAGCAGUUAGCAUUUUAUUCAUAAACAGUAGGGGUGGGAUGAGACACAAUUUUCAUGAGACAUGACACCGUAAGAUCAAGUCUAUGAGAACGAGACAAGACGAGAUUUUGACAUAAUUUGGAAUGAAUAAUAAAAAAAUGUUGUCUUGUGAGUUCUUGUGGCACGAGAUCUUGUUCCAUCUUUAAUAAACAGUGAUUCCCACAUCUGAAAUUACUACUUUAACUCAAAUAUCUCAUGAAAUUACAACUUACUACCAAACAUUUACCAUUUUGGUCCUAACCCACCAGUUGAGAUCACAUGCUCUGAUGAAACUCUUAUCUGAAUCAUUUCUGGCAGCAUUUAAGAAGUAGAAUACUUCUGUGUGGAAGGAGUUCGUGGAGGAAUGUAGUUUGACAGAUCUGGUAUCUAACAUGUAUUUAUUCAUCUACCAAAUGUUUUAUACUCUUGUUUAUCUAUUGGACAGUGUUUAGGACUAGUAUUUUUGGUGCAUUUUAUGUCGGGGGACUUGUUCACUAAAGAAAAAGAAAGCUAAGCUUGCACCUUAAACCGCUGACAAUGAAGGUUACCAUGCCAACAGUAUCCUCAUGUUUAUAUUUUAAUGUCCAUUUUAUAUGAUUUUUUACAUGGUAUCUUGUUACAUUUGUAGUAUUACUUGUGAGUGAAUGAGUGAGCAUGCCAUCGAUAUCUGUAAACUGUAUUCCAUUCAAUUUGAUUUGAAUUACAGUGUCAAUAUUACAGCAGUCAGACAUAACAUUAUGACCAGUUCAUUACACACACACUCUUAAUGUGUGGAAUAAAUAUCAAAUACUGCACUUAUUCGGUUAAUCCUAGUCCUUGGUUAGACCUGCGUUAGACCUGGUUUAAACCUGGUUCGGUACUGGUUUAGUCCUGGAUUUCUGGUUUUAAUCUUGGUUCCCAGUCUGCAGUGGUCAGUUUCCGUCCGAGGUGCUCAAGACCUGGUUAGUCCUGGGUUAGGCUUAGUUAAUUAAGUUCAUGAUUAGUUUAGGUUUAGUUGUGAUUUAAACCUGGUUUUGUCCUGGAUUUUUCCUGGUUUAAACCUAUUUUAGUCUUUGUUCCCAGUCUGCAGUGGUCAGUAUCUGUCCCAGGUGCUCAAGACCUGGUUUAGAUCUGGGUUAGUCCUGGGUUAGGCUUAGUUAAGUUUGUGAUUAGUUGUGGUUUAGUCAUGAUUUAAACCUGGUUUGGUACUGGUUUAGUCCUGUUUUUUUCCUGAUUUAAACCUGUUUUAGUUUUGGUUCUCAAUCUGCAGUGGUCAGUAUUUUAUCCGAGGUGCUCAAGACCUGGUUUAGAUCUGGGUUAGUCCUGGUUUAGGCUUAGUUAAUUAAAUUCAUGAUUAGCCUAGGUUUAGUCCUGGUUUAAACCUGGUUUUGUCCUGGUUUAGUGCAGCUACUGGAGGGGAUACGUUGCUCAGAGUGGUCAUUAUUUAUAGUCCAUGGUCAGUCCUGGGUUAGACUCAGGUUGGGCAUGAUUCAGACCUGGUUCAGUUCUGGUGUGGUCCUGUAAACCAGUAUAACAAGUGGUUUAGACUUGCUUAAGACUGGGUUUAAUGCCGGAUUAAUCCUGGGUUAGUCCUGGGUGAGUCCGGUCUUGGUUCCUGGUCUGCAGUGGUCAGUAUGUAUCAGAGGUGCUUGUCCUGAUUUAAACCUGGUUGAGUGUGAAGUUAGUCCUGACUUAAUCUCAGGGCAGACCUGGUUUAGACCUGGUUUUAGUCUUGGUUCCCAGUCUGAAGUGGUCAGUAUCUGUCCGAGGUGCUCAAGACCUGGUUUAGAUCUGGGUUAGUCCUGGUUUAGGCUUAGGUAAGGUCAUGAUUAGUCUAGGUUUAGUCCUGGUUUAAUCCUGGUUUUGUCCCGGUUUAUUGCAGCUACUGGAGGGUGUACGUCGCCCGGAGUCAUUAUUUAUAGUCCAUGGUCAGUCCUGGGAUAGUCUCAGGUUGGACAUGACUCAGACCUGGUUUAGUUCUCGUGUGGUCCUGUAAACCAGUAUAACAGGUGGUUUAGACUUGCUUAAGACCGGGUUCAAUGCUGGAUUAGUCCUGGGUUAGUCCUGGGUGAGUCUGGUCUUGGUUCCCAUUCUGCAGCGCUUUUUAGUCCUGGGUUACUCUUGGGUCGGACAUGGUUCAGAUCUGGUUUAGUUCCAGCUUAGUCAAGGCAAGGCAAGUUUAUUUGUAGCACAAUUUGUACACAAAGUCAUUCAAAGUGAAGUCCUGUAAGAUAAGAAAGUAUAAGAGGUGGUUUAGACCUGGUGUAGUCCUGGGUUAGACUUGGUUUAUUUCUGGAUUUGUCCUGGUUUAGCCCUAGUUCAGUGCUUGGUUAGUCCGGUCUUGGUUCCCAGAUUGCAGUGGUCAGUAUUUAUCAGUAUCAGAGGCACUUUUUAGCCCUGAUUUAAUCCCGAAUUGCAGCCUAAACUCCGUCUAUAAAUGGUUAUAAUGUUAUGUCUGAUUGUAUUUUUUGUAUGUCAAACUUUCAAAUUAUGAAAAAAAAAAACUUUGUUCGGGACGUGACUAAGAAGUGUCAUAAAAUAUGAAACUUUUCCAGUAUCGGGGCUCAAGCCAAAACCACAGACUUCUUUUACUCGUGUUCCGUGGACUUUGUGAAAUGACCUAAAUGUCUGUUCAGUUGUGUAUGUUUUUCACUAUGCUGAACGUAGCAGUUAUCGCAUUGAUUCUAAACUGUAGUGAAUUGGUUGGAAAUCAUUCUGGCAGUUUGUAUCAAAAACUGAAACUGCAAAAAAUAAUGGUUCAAGUUUUAAAUAAAAAAUCA